GCCGAAUGCGUGCGUAGUGGAGGAAAUCCCGAACAGUAACACUGAAUUUUGGACCGAAUGUCGUUACUGGAGAAGUCGAAAAAUCUGCGGAAAGAAAACACGCAUCCGGUUCGAGUGUUGCGAAGGCUUCAGCAGGAUCGACGAUGAGGUCGGCUGCACGAGAGUGAAGCCUCUGAAGAACCUUCUGGAGACGGCAGAGGCGCUCGGAGCCACCAAAUGGGCCGCCUACAUCCGGGAAUCCGGCUUGGCCAACGAGCUAGAGACCGCCGGGGCAUACACUCUCUUCGCGCCCACCAACGAGGCCUUCAGUAACCUGCGACGGUCCCUGAAGAGCCAGAUGGAAUCCUACCGAGGGAAUCCUAACAACCCGAUCCUCCUGUACCACAUUUUGCCGACGAAGCUCAAGUCAGACGAAUUCAAGGCGAACCUGAUGGCGGAGACGAGGCAUCAGGGGCAUAACGUCAGGAUUAAUAAGUAUUCCAACGGGAUGACGACCAUCAACUGCGCCCUCCUCAUCAGGAAGGACCAGCAGGCCACCAACGGCAUCGUGCACGUCAUCGACAACGUUCUGGAUCCUUCUGUGGGCAUCUUGCAGAAUGUUGCAGACAUGGUGCUCAAUGACGGACGCUUCUCCGUGCUCGCCGACAUCCUGGAAAAGAGCGGUUACAUCAACGUGCUGAGGACGAUGCAGGAAUCCAUCACCAUCUUGGCACCGUCCGACGAGGCCUUCCAGAAGCUUCCAGAAUCCAGGCGAGAGAAGAUCAUCAACGACAGAGAAGCUAGAAUGGCCUUGCUGCAGAACCACGUGAUCCCGCACGUGAUAUGCGAGUCCGCCAUUACCGGGGAGCACCGAGUUCGCACGAUGCUCGACAGCAAGAUCACCUUUAACUGCGAUAUCGCGGGAGCCUACGUCGAAAACACGAAACUUCGCGGCAACUUCAACCUCGGCAAGAACGGCAUUAUCCACAUGAUCGACGAUGUUCUUCUGCCCGACAGAGCCAAGAAUCUCAUCGAACUCGCCGAGAGCCGCAACCUCUUCACCUUCGUCGAACUUGUGAAGAAAGCCGGACUCGAAGAAACUCUCAGCCACACCGGGGACUACACCUUCUUCGUGCCUGACGAAGCCGCUUGGUAUUCCUUGGACUCGGAAGUGCUGAGCGCCGCCCGACGCGACCUGGAGCUGGCCGGCCAGCUGGUGCGCUUCCACGGGGCGUACGGCAGACACUUGACCAACGCCAUCACGGACAACCAGGCUAUCAUGUCGCUCGACGAAGAGAAUCCCGUCCGCCUGCAGGUGUGGCGCCGCGCCCUUGGGGUGGAGGACGCCAAGAUCACCGAGAAGGACAUUGAGGCCCAGAACGGCGUCAUCCACAUCAUCAACAAGGUCAUCGUGCCGUCGAACCAGUCGGUGCAGGAUAUUCUGAGGAUAAUCCCGCAGCAGAGGUUCAACAUCUUCCUGGAAGCGCUGCAGCAGGCUUCAUCGCAGGAGAAUUCCGUGCUGAGCUUGGGCCCUGGCGACGAAGUCUUCUACACCUUCUUCGUCCCUCCUGACUCGGCCUUCAGACAGCUCAACUCGGAAACUUUAUCCAAGAUCAAGCAGGACGACCGGUAUCUUAUGGAGCUGAUAAAGAGCCACAUCGCCAUCAACAUGUUCCCGGCCACGUCCUUUGAGAAGAACCUUGUUUACACCAUCGAGGGCAUGGGAGGGCCCUUCGACAUCAAGAAGACCGACCAAAAUGCCAUUACGGUCAACGGCGCCUCCGUCACCUCCUCCCACAUGAGCGCUAAGGGCGUCAUCCACGUGAUUAACAAGGUGUUCCUCCCGGAGAACUCGUACACCUACUCUAGCUACUCUAGUUCCAGUUCCUCCUCGUCCCGGGGAUCUGGAAGAAGCUCUUAUCGCAGGACCUACAAGAAGACGGUGACCUUAGCGGAGACUUACGGGGAUGAAGGCAAGGAUGACAGCCUGCCUGCCUUCCCACAAGGUACCGUGUGCUAGAGCCAAACGCAGGAAGACCUCGAGGGGAUACAGGAGAAGAAAAGCAUUCUCUUCUCCCUCCUCCACCCGCCCCUCCUCAGGAGUAACAACCACUAGCCCAACUACCUCCCCAGAUGACACUUGGAGUAACACCCCUGAUGACUCCUCCUUUGGUGAACUAGAAGAGACUCACCUCCAGGGCUCGGGAUUCUCAGCACGCGAAUCGGAGGCCUCACAAAAUUCUCACACCACUAGUGGCCAGGACUCAUAUGACGUCCGGGAGCCUUACUCUACCACAGAGCCAGGACUAACAAGGUCUUCUUCUCGAUCCUCUUCACGCAGGACUCAUAAAGGCAAAAAACAAGGUGGUGGGUCCUACACUGAACGUGAAGGUUCUUACUCUUCAUCCUCAUAUACACCAUCAUCUUCCUCAUCGUCCUCGUCACACAUUUAUGACUUUGAAACACAAAUAACACGGACUGAAGAGGGCGAAGCCAAAGACUCGGACACAGGCCACGAAACAUACGGGAGUUCCACAACUUAUGGCUAUGACGAUGCCUCACUACACCUCAGUGGCAAUGACGUGUAUGAGGACACGUCUUCCUCACGUCAAGAUGAGUCAGGUUCCCAUGGCAUUUCAACCUCAUCCUCUUCCAGGCACAGAGGGAACACAAACACACACGACAGAUCUUCAACGCACAUCAGUGAUGAGUAUGAGAUCAGCAGACGAAGUGAGUUUGCCAAUACAAACAGCAAUGAUUUAAGUGAAUCGACUGUUUCAUCAUCUGAUUUGGGACGCAAUGAAUUAGAUUUGUCAUAUGAUGGAAACGAAGCACGGAGAACGAGUUCGGACUCCGAUGCACGAGUCGACACUACUACACAAUACACUGACUCAGACACUCGGUACACUGGCACUCGUACAAGAUAUACAGGGAGUGACAGAGACACACAACACACUGUAACUGAUACAAGAUACAGGGGAACUGAUACUAGAUAUACAGGCUUUGAUGCAGACAGACGACGCACUGAAGCAGAUGCCAGAUACACUGGUACCGAUACUAGAUACACUGAAACUGGUACAGGGUACAUAGAGAGUGAAGCAGACACACGACACACUGGAACUGAUACAGAAUACACAGAAUCUGACACCAGAUAUACGGGAUCUGACACAGAUAGACGGCGCACUGAAACAGAUACCAGAUACACUGAAACUGGAACAAGGUAUACAGGGAGUGAUGCAGUCACACAGCGCACUGAAACUGAAACAAGAUAUAGGGGUACAGAUACCAGAUAUACAGGUUCUGAUACAGACAGGCAACGCACUGAUAUUGAUACACGGUAUACAGGGACUGAAUCAGACAACCGACGCACUGGAACUGAUACUAGAUACACAGAAUCUGAUGCAAGUAGACGACGUACUGAAGCAGAUACCAGAUACACAGGAACUGAAAGAAGAUACACAGGAUAUGGCACAGAUAGACGACGCACUGAAACUGGUACAAGAUACACAGGAACUGACUCCAGAUAUGCAAAAUCUGACACAGAUAGACGUCGCACUGAAACAGAUACCAGAUACACUGGUACUGAUACAAGAUAUUAUGAAACUGAUACAAGGCAUACAGGGACUGAAACAGAUUCACAACACACUGGAACUAAUACUAGAUACACAGGAUCUGAUGCAGAGAAACGGCGCACAGAAGCAGAUACCAGAUACACAGAAACUGAUACAAGAUACACAGGAACUGAUACCAGAUAUACAGGAUUUGGCGCAGACAGACGACGCACUGAAACUGGUACAAGGUAUACGGGGGCUGAAGCAGACACACGACGGACUGGAACUGAUACAAGAUACACAGGAACUGACUCCAGAUAUGCAGAAUCUGACACAGAUAAACGACGCACUGAAACAGGUACCAGAUACACUGAAACAAGGUAUACAGGGAGUGAUGCAGUCACACGGCGCACUGGUACUGAUACAAGAUACACUGAAACUGGUACAAGGUAUACAGGGACUGAAGCAGACACCCGAAACAAGGAAGAUGACUCUAGAUACACAGGAACUGACACAGACACACGUUACACUUUGACAAGUACAAGCCGUACUGGAAUUGAUACGAGAUAUACAGGAACUGGCACAGACACACAACAUUCAGAAAGUGAUACAAGACAUGCUGGAAAAGAUAUGAGAUACACAGGGACUGAUCGAGACACCCAACGUACCGGAACAGACACACGAUAUACUUUAACAAAAUACUUUAGAAAUGGUACAGUAAACACAGGAACAGAUGCAGAUGCAGGGUACAAUGGGGAGGAUUCUAGGUAUGCAGGGACAAAUACAGAUACAAGAUACCAUGGGUCAGACAUACGACAUGAUGGAACAGAUACACGGUAUGGUAUUGGAACAAACACACAGUAUUCUGGCACAGGGACAAGAUACAAUGAGAAUGAUACACGCUACUCUGGCACAGGUGUAGACUCAACACUUAGUUACUUCAACCGAACAGGUUACACUGGCUACGCUGGUGGUUAUGGAACAGGUGCAAACUCAACACUCAGUUACUUCAACCGAACAGGCUACACUGGCUAUGCUGGUGGUUCUGGUACAGGUGCAGACUCGAGACUCAGCUACUUCAACCGAACUGGCUUCACUGAAGGUUCUGGCUCUGGUAUUAACAAUGUAGCUGGUGCACGUGGCGGCUACUCUACUUCCACCUCCUCCAGGACUUACACUUACCAUUACUCAGGUGGCUCCGGACAGCCAGGUGGCUCGCUAACGCAUGGGGAUCUCCAGCCACUGCCCACUGGUGGCUUCAGAACUUACAACUCAACCACCAUUCACCGCGAGACUACAGAUGGUCCAAGCAGCCCAGAUGGGGGGAGGUUCAGUUACGUGGGCCAUCCCUAUGGUCAGGAUGUGAUAGGACACACUGAUACAGUAGGUGGUGAUAAGGCGGCUCUGCCGUUCACCCUCGGACAGGCAGAGUCUGGCGCAGCGUCAGGAAGUACCACCCAAGGGGGGGCUGCUGGGUUUGGAACUAACACCUACCACUACAGAUACUCCUCGCAUGCUGAAGAUAAUGGGCCUAUAAGGGGAGACAAUGCUGUUGCUAGUGGGGGUCUCAUAGGAAGUAUGGCGUAAGAACCCACACCGUAGUGACGUACCCAGCCACUGUGGAGACUCACUCACGCAGCACAAAGACGUACACAUUUGGCAGUGGUGGUAAACCCCGAUCGUCUUCUGUUUCAGCCUACGCCUUCACAGGAGACGACACGGAGUACGCCGAUGGCACCGAGUUCGCUGAGGCCAAAUCUGGAGACGAAGAGACUAUUUCCCGCAAGGAGGCCGUUUCCCUCCGCCGCCGCUGGCGCCGCAAGCGUCACCAGAAGCGCGCAGAAGGAAGGAGGCGCCGCGGCCGCAGGGGGGGUAGGCGCAAGGUCGCAGCCAAGCAAUAAUCUGACGGAGGCGCCACCGUGGUGUUGUUGGCGUAAUGAGACUGCUGACCACGAGGCGCCGUUUACCCCUGUCGAACUCGCCUCCCUGGCCGUGUCUCACACGUAUCACUGCCCGCAUCCUCUCCUCCAGUAUUUUAAGAGAACAUUAUCAUUUCUAAAUGAAUAACACAAUAUUAAGAGAAACAUGGUUACUUAUUUUACGUAUUUAAUCACAAUAUAUUACGUGGCGACCUGCAGUAGAUCUUUCCUUGUACAGUAGAGAUGUUUAGUGUAAGCUUGAGAGAUGUUUGAGUUUUAAGUUCCUCGCUCAUGCCUGUAUACUGGUGCUUUAGUCAAUAAGUGUCAAGUUACUUUUAGUCAGUAUAAAAUCAUCCUAACAUGUAUUGUUAUAUCUUUAAUAAAACGUGAAAAUGUUUGAUUA